AUGGGUGCAUCCAGUUCAAGCCCAUGCAAAAUUGAGGUGAGAAUCGAACACUCUCUGAAUCAGAAGGAGGAGGAAUUCGUAGCCAGAAGGAGAAAAACUGUUCAGCAAAGCCUGAAGAAGCUUUACAUAUACGCUCCUUUGAAUAAAGUGCCAAACAUUGCAUUACUGGGUUCUGGAGGAGGAGAAAGAGCCAUGGUGGGAUUGCUGGGAUCCUUGGUUGAGCUCCAGAAAACAGGUCUUCUGGACUGCAUUCUUUAUCUAAGCGGAGUCUCUGGAUCCACCUGGUGUAUGGCCUCCUUAUAUCAGGAAUCAGACUGGUCCACCAAACUAGGGACUGUGAAAGACAAGAUCAUCCAGAGACUCAACGGUCCUGCAGUCAGCAUGACAGAUGCAAUUAUCAAAUGGAUAAACUAUUGCUAUGGGACAGACUACCAAAAUUUGACUUACUUCUGGGCAGCGAUGGUCAUCACGACAUAUGUAAAAGAGAUAGACGAGCGCACAGUCACAGAUCAGUGGAAGGAGCACAGUAAAGACCCGUUUCCCAUCUACACAGUGAUCGACAAACACUGCAAACAGAGCAGAAGAGGAGACCCCUGGUUUGAGAUCACUCCAUAUGAAGCAGGUUAUUCUCUUAUUGGAGCAUUUGUGGAAACCUCCAGCUUUGGCAGCAAGUUUGAAAAUGGCUGUAAGACCAAGAACCAGCCUGAAAAUGACAUGCUGUACCUGCAAGCUCUGUGUGGCAGCGCUUUAGCUGAUGAAGAGGAGAAUAAGAAAUUCAUCUGGGAAAAAAUGAAAGGGCUGAGCCCCCCUAAUAUUGAAAUUCUAGAAUGGUUGCCAAAGCAGAAUGAGACCUCCUGGAUCUGGGGCAAGACUUAUAACUUCCUCUACAACAUGAAAGAUGAAAGAGUGCCCGCCGCUCUUCUGAAAAGUGAGACGAGAGAAUAUGAGGACGCUGGACUGUUGCUCAACUCACCCUACUUCUCAGUGCUGAGAAAAGAGAGAGACAUUGACCUCAUAAUUUCCCUGGAUUUCAGUGACGGUGAUCCUUUCAUGACAGUGAAGAAAGCUGCUGAGAUGUGCAAGGAACUAAACAUCCCUUUCCCUGAGGUCAAAAUUCACAAGCAAGAUGUAAAGAAACCGAAGGACUUCUAUGUGUUCAAAGGCCGAAACGCUCCAACCGUGAUCCACAUCCCUCUCUUUAAUGUGAUCAACUGUGGAGAUGAUAUUGAGACCUGGAGGAACAAAUAUGCCACAUUUCAAGGUCCUUACAGCGAUAAGAUGAUCGCUGAUCUCAUGAAGGUCGCUCGAAAAAACAUCACAAACAUCACAUUGAAACUGCUGGAAGAGAUUUGUGAGGUCACUGAGACUAAAUGUUUCUCAAAUGUGAGAAUGCACAAUUUUCUCUAAAUGACACGAAAACAACUUUCUCUGUCACGCAACACUUUGUCGGUCUGCCUGGCUGCAAAAGUGCAUUGUAGGUGAUGUCAGCAGUAGUUUC